UAUCAAACCUGAUGCUGCAGAAAGCAGCAGAGGUGUGCGGUGUGGCAACAAUGUCGGAGGUUGUUCCAUUUGACCCAACGGAGCCGUCUAUUCCGAUUGCUUACCCUAUCAAAACACUCGAGGAGUUGGAGUCGCGGGCCUAUUUCAAAUCAUUUCACUACCCUUUUAAUGUAUCCACUGUUGCUCUUCCGCCUGCUUCGUUGCCCAGCAGGCGCAGGAUGCUUGUGUGCCAUGAUAUGGCUGGUGGAUAUCUAGACGAUAAAUGGGUUCAGGGAGGAACUAACCCAGAUGCUUAUGCAAUAUGGCAUUGGUAUUUGAUCGAUGUUUUUGUGUACUUCUCCCAUGAUUUGGUCACCCUUCCACCUCCUGUUUGGACAAAUACUGCUCACAGGCACGGUGUCAAGGUGCUGGGGACUUUCAUUGUGGAAGGAGGGGGCAAAGAUGUUCGGGAUACCUUGCUUGCAUCCAAGGAUUCUGCUGAAAUGUAUGCAGGGCGCUUAACUGAGCUUGCUGUUGCAUUGGGAUUUGAUGGAUGGCUGAUGAAUAUGGAAAUCUCUAUGAACUCUCAGCAAGUUCUUCAUUUGAAAGAAUUUGUGAGUUAUUUAACCCAGUCUAUGCAUUCUAAGCUACCUGGGUCCUUAGUUAUAUGGUAUGACAGUGUAACUGUGGAUGGUAGGCUUCGUUGGCAAAAUGAAUUGAAUGAGAAAAACAAGCCUUUCUUUGAUAUCUCCGAUGGAAUAUUUGUAAACUAUGGUUGGAAAGAGGAUACUCCUAAAAGUUCUGCUGCUGCUGCUGGGGAGAGACAGCAUGAUGUGUACAUGGGCAUUGAUGUUUUUGGGAGGGGUACCUUUGGUGGUGGAGGAUGGGAUACGAACGUUGCGCUGGAUGUUCUGAGAAAGGACGAUGUGUCGGUUGCUAUAUUUGCUCCUGGAUGGGUGUAUGAGCACCCCCAGGAAACAGAUUUUCAGACUGCUCAAAAUAAAUGGUGGAAUCUUGUGAAGAAAUCAUGGGAAAUAGUGCGAAGUUACCCAAAACUACUACCAUUCUACUCAAAUUUUGAUCAGGGUCAUGGUUAUCAAGUUUCUAUCAAUGGAGUAAAAAUAUCAGAUGCUUCAUGGAACAAUCUGUCCAGUCAAAGCUUCCAGCCCAUACUUGAGGUAACUGAGCCUUCAACUUCACAUCCUGUCCAAGCUUAUUCAGAUUUUGAGGAAGUCUUCAAUGGAGGAGGAAGCAUUGCAUUCAAAGGGACUCUCGAGCCAAAUUGCCACACUAAAAUAAAACUCUUUCAAGGAGAGGUUGUUUUGGGGGAAGAUCCUUUAGUAGUCAUGUAUUCUUCGAAGUCAAGUGGGGAUUCUCAACUAGGCCUUUCGUUGGAGUUCUUAUCUAGCACAAAUAAGAGAGAGUUAUUACUUGUCUCCAGCAUUGAAAAGAAAUUCUCGAAUGAUUUCUCUGAAGUGAUUGAGACAACUCCACUUGAAGUGCUUGGACUUUCCCCUGAUUGGCUAGUUAAAAUGGGCAGAAUUCAAAUGGAUGGAUACAAACUAACAAAUAUAAAUACUGUCUGCUACAGAUCAAGCCCUGAACCUGGAAUGGUUGGGGAAAAUAGUGCACUAGUUUCUGAUUCAUCGUCUAAUUACUUCGCUGUGCUCGGUAAUAUCAUUAUACGAUCUGUUGAGAAUCCUGUUUUUCCUCCCUAUAGUUCAUGGCUAGUUAAAAGUGAGUAUAUUAAAUGGAGUUCAAGUCCAGAGGGAGAAAAGACCCUUGAUAUUAAGAUCAUUUGGGAGUUGAAAGAUAGCAGUAGUGACAUGGUAUUUGAACGCUACAAUGUUUAUGUCAUGCAAGUAGUCAAGAAAGGCGAUAAUCGCCUCAAGUUACAAAAUGUCCCGGAAUAUCUUGGGGUGGCACAUGUAGAAGCAUUUUAUGUUUCUAGCCUUGCAGUUCCUUCCAGCAUCUCAGGUUUCAAAUUUAUAAUCCAAGUUUGUGGAGUGGAUGGGAGUAUCCAGAAAUUGGAGGACUCACCAUUUCUCUAUGUGGAUGCUGAAGGUCAUUAAGUUCCGAAUUCUCCUUAUUUAAUAUGUAACCUGGUGGCCUUGGUAACCGAAGGUCGUUUCUGGAGGUUUUUGGCGUUGCUGGUUGGCUUUGGUGAUUUGCUUCUCUUUGGCUGGCUUGGUGCUUGGGGCUUGUGGUUUUUCCUUUCUUUCUUGGGUCUUUGUUUGUUCUGUUUUUCUCCUUUUUGGUUUUCUUGGUUUUGUGUUUGGCUGUGUUCUGUUCUUAAUGGAGUUUGUAUCUAUGAACCUUUAUUUCGUUGUUUGUUAGUUUAAAAUUUAUAAUCUAGCUAUGCUCUCUACUAUUCUUAA